UUAGGAGCUACCCACCAGCUUGGCCAUAAAACAUUCGACUCAAUUUUGCUGGUGGUGUUAGUCAUAUUAAACGUAACAACGGACGGGCAGAGAGGACUGGGGGGUGCUUCUCGAUGCUCAGGAGGAAGGGACGAACCUCCUCGUCCAAUAACCACUAGCGUAGGCUCCGCCAUUCGCAGAUGGGUACCUCCAAGCAGCAUAAAACGAGAUGCAAUUACCCCUGAAGAAAAAAAUGAUCUCGUUUUCAGAAAAGUCAGAGGCAUCCUCAAUAAGCUUACACCAGAGAAGUUCCACAAGCUGAGCGAGGAGUUACUCAGCAUUGGACUUGACUCCACUCAGAUAUUGAAAGGUGUAAUACUUCUGAUCUUUGACAAAGCUUUAGAUGAACCGAAGUACAGUUCUAUGUAUGCGCAGUUAUGCCAUAAAUUAUGUGAAGAAGCCCCAAAUUUUGACUUUCCUUCAAAUAGUUCAAGUAGUCAUAGCAGCAACAAUAACAACAGCAGUAAUACAUUCCGUCGUCUUCUCUUAGCUAAGUGUCAAGACGAAUUUGAAAAUAGAAGAAAGACUAGUGAAGCUUUUGAUAAGAAAGAUGGCCCUCUUUCUGCAGAAGAGGAAGAGCAACGUGCUGUUGCCAAGCACAAAAUGUUGGGAAAUAUCAAAUUUAUUGGUGAAUUGGGUAAGCAGGGCUUGUUACAGGAGACCAUACUCCAUCAGUGUGUACACCAGCUCCUGCUUAAAAAGAAGAGGCAAAGUCUCAAAGACAUGGCCGAAGACUUGGAAUGUCUCUGUCAGAUAAUGAAGACUGUUGGCCAUCGUCUUGAUACUGAAAAGGCAAAGGCCAGAAUGGAUCAGUACUUUGAUCGUAUGAAAACUUUAGCAAACAAUAAUGAGUUGCCCUCUCGCAUUCGCUUCAUGCUACAAGAUGUGCUGGAAUUACGACAGAACAAGUGGAUUCCCCGGAGAGUUCUGUCAGAUCAUGGUCCCAAAACAAUCCAGCAAGUUCGAGAAGAAGCAGCACGUGACUAUGGAGUAUAUAUACCACCUCCUGCAUUUUCAAGCCGCAAUAUGCCUGUUCCCUCUUCUGGUAUGUUAGCUGGCAAAAUGCGUGGAGGAAUGGAUGACGUCUUUAGCCAUCUUCCUAUUGGAGUGGGAUUAGGUACUGGACCAGGAGUUAUUCCCACGGACAACUUUCCUGCAUACUCAAGUAAUAUGGGUCGCCCAAAUCGUAGUGGCGGACUCAGCAACACUGGAUUCCUCACUACUGGAGGAACAGGAUCAUUCUAUGGACAGAAUCGUAACAAACCAAUUCAGAAUCGUGAUCGUGACUUAUUUCCUAAUUAUCAACAGCAAAGACAAACUCCAACUCAGAAUCAGCAUAUGCAUGGUUUUAGUGGUAGUCCCACUAUUAAUCGUGAUGUCCCACCACGAUUUUUGAAAAAAGCAUUACAACAGCAAACAGGCAAUUUAGAUGAGAUUAGUCUUCGACCAGCCCAAAACUCUAUUUUGUUGAAAUCCAAGCCUAUGGCAGGUUCCUUUGCUAAACCAGUGGUAUCAAGCAUCCCACUUGUUUCUGGUAGUGCAGGAACUGAUACAUCUGUGAUUAGAGAUUUCUCUUCUGGUGCUAUUAUACCGAAUGUUGUCCCUAAUUCACUUCAGAAAGAGUGUUUGUUGGGAUUUGGAAAAUUUGUAUCCAGUGAAACAAGUAAUUACCAGUUUGAUGCAAUAAGUUUCUCUUUAAAAAUUAAAACUUUUGAUAAGAAAGAUGGCCCUCUUUCUGCAGAAGAGGAAGAGCAACGUGCUGUUGCCAAGCACAAAAUGUUGGGAAAUAUCAAAUUUAUUGGUGAAUUGGGUAAGCAGGGCUUGUUACAGGAGACCAUACUCCAUCAGUGUGUACACCAGCUCCUGCUUAAAAAGAAGAGGCAAAGUCUCAAAGACAUGGCCGAAGACUUGGAAUGUCUCUGUCAGAUAAUGAAGACUGUUGGCCAUCGUCUUGAUACUGAAAAGGCAAAGGCCAGAAUGGAUCAGUACUUUGAUCGAUUCCUCACUACUGGAGGAACAGGAUCAUUCUAUGGACAGAAUCGUAACAAACCAAUUCAGAAUCGUGAUCGUGACUUAUUUCCUAAUUAUCAACAGCAAAGACAAACUCCAACUCAGAAUCAGCAUAUGCAUGGUUUUAGUGGUAGUCCCACUAUUAAUCGUGAUGUCCCACCACGAUUUUUGAAAAAAGCAUUACAACAGCAAACAGGCAAUUUAGAUGAGAUUAGUCUUCGACCAGCCCAAAACUCUAUUUUGUUGAAAUCCAAGCCUAUGGCAGGUUCCUUUGCUAAACCAGUGGUAUCAAGCAUCCCACUUGUUUCUGGUAGUGCAGGAACUGAUACAUCUGUGAUUAGAGAUUUCUCUUCUGGUGCUAUUAUACCGAAUGUUGUCCCUAAUUCACUUCAGAAAGAGACACAGGUUGUAGUUAAACAAUCUACACAAGAUAAAAACAAGGCUAAUAAACAAGGUCCAAGCAAAGAGGAAGUUAUGAAAAAAGCUAUUCCUUUGAAUUAUUUUUAUAAUAAAUUUCUUCACAGGUUUUUGGCAGAUGUCAUAAUUAUGUUUAUGUUGAAGACGUUAGAAAAAUCUGAGAGUGACAGAGAAUGCAUUAGUCGCUUGUUGGCAAUGCUGAAAAAGGAUGCAGUUCUUCAUAAUAAUGUUUUCUUAGAGGCAAUGAAGGCUGUGUUUCAACAGAUGUCAGAUUUGGAGGCAGAAGUUCCCCGUGUCAAAUCAUAUGUUGCUGGUUUUGCUGCUAGAGGAAUUGCUGAUAACAUUGUAUUACUUGGAGAAAUUGCAGAACCAUUAGAAGGUGGAGCACAUUACCCACUUUUCCUUCUCUGCCUUCAGCAAUUGCAUAAAACUCAAGGACGAACAUGGUUAGAUACAACUUUUAAUCAAAGCAAAAUUAACCUUUUGUCUAUGUUACCUGAAAUGGACAGAACCAAAGAACGAUUAGCAGAUAUCUUAGAGGAUCGAGGUCUUGGAUUUUUAUUUCCAUUAUUGAGGAUCCAAGCAGACCUCUGGAAACAAAUUCAGAGUGAUAAAAGUCCCAACUCUCUCUAUAGGUGGAUCAAAGAAAAUGUUGACGUGACCCAGCAUAGUGUUCCUGGAUUUGUAAAUGCCUUAGUAUCAUGUUUGAUCAAGUUCAUAACCCAAGAGACAACUUUGGCAGAAGGAAUUGAUUAUGCUGCUGUCCCUGACAAAACUUUAACCGAUAAAGAGAAAGAACUGCUGAUGAAGUUCAAGCCUGUGUUUUUGGCUUUUCUCCAAGAACAUCCUGAUCUACAACUUAUCACAUUAUAUGCUUUGCAAGUACAUUGUUAUAAUAAUAGUUUCCCUAAAGGUAUGAUGUUGCGUUGGUUUAUAUCAUUUUAUGAACUUGAAAUCGUCGAGGAAGAGGCAUUCUUGAAGUGGAAAGAAGACGUUAACGAUGAAUAUCCGGGAAAAGGAAAAGCACUCUUUCAGGUCAAUCAGUGGCUCACUUGGCUGGAAGAAGCAGAAGAGGAGGAAGGCUCCGACGAAGGUGAUAACUGAAACAGUGAAAUGGUUUAUGUUGAUAGUAGAAAUUUUCCAAGAAGCUUAUCUCCAAUCGUGACCUAUAGCAGGUGAUUCGCUUGGGAUUGGGCAGUGUUCUUAUUUAAAAAAUUUCAAACUCCUGUCUGUUGUUUCUUGUUUAUUCAUUCUGGCUAUUAAAUGCCAGUACGUCGUCUGCAAUACAGAAGUGUGGUGGUAAUAUGGAGAUCUGAUCAGUUUUAAAAAACUGGGCUUCCUCAGUUCUGCAAACAAAAUGUGGUGGUAAAAUGAAUUUCUCUCCCUCUUGCUAAGAUCCUAAAAAAUUAAAGGAUUCCACAUGCAGUCGUGAUUGCUGCGGAUGACACCGAAACAGAAAAACAAACAUGGGAAGAACUCAAGUGGCAAUCAAACUAGGAGAGAAGAUACUAAUGCAGAAAUUAAUAUAAUAUAUAUACAUAUAUAUAUAUUUUAAAAAAUCCUGUUUGCCUACCACGAAUUUCAUACUUCGUGGUAGUCCGUUCUCAAAACUUUUGUUUUUUACUCUUUUCACUACAGAACGUUUAGAGAGAUUAAUUUAACAAUAGUGAUUUCUCUCAAACAAAACCGAAAAAAAAUAACAGUAAUAAAAAAAAGGCUCGAAUGAAGAUGACUCUUUUUUAAUUUCGAAAACAAAAUCACUUUCUGCUGGCAGAUUGUUACUUUUCAUUAAUCGGUUUGUACGUAUUAAUCGAUUAUCAAUUUGUUAACUAUCUAGGAACUUAGAAAAUUGAAAUUUGCUCGACACUCGCCGCGUCGAGACGAUAAAAAUUCAGUCGGCGGUCGUCUCCGUGAUGAAUGUGUAUCUUUUUCCUUCUGUACAGUAACUGCACGUAGAACAAACACAUCAUAAAAUCGACUUAAAAGCGAACUCGCUCCAGUACGUGUUGAAGUGGACGUCUUUGUUGCAAAAGUGAUGCAUGGUAAAACUAUUUGCAGGGUAAAAAACACGUUUUUUUCCUUAUUAUUAUUAUUAUUAUAUAUUUUUUUUAAUUUUAAUUUAACUGGGCUGCAUUGGUUGAGAUUUGUGUACAAUAGUUUGUUGAAUGAAACAAUAGUUGUAUAUAUAUAUAUCUACAUUGUCUAUUAUAUCUUAUCUACAAGGGUAUAUAUAUUUAUAUAUAUAUAUGCACUAUAUCUAUACAAAAAUAAAAUUUCAAAACCUGUGAGGAUUUUGGGGAAUUGUUUGAUUACAAAACUAAUACUGUUGGGGUAUUCUUUGAUUUAAGAUAUAUUGAACAUCAAGUAAAAAUUAAAAAAAAAGAAAAAUACAAAAAAAGGAUAUUGAUACUUUAAUUGUUGUCCAAGAUUGUUUUUAUUAUGUUCUCCAAUAAGAAAGUAAUUUUGAUGUAUAUUAUUUGGUUGUGAAUAAAUAAUAUAAAGUAA